UCUCUCUCUCUCUCUGACCAAACAACCAUCUUAACAACAUUCAGUAUUUUAGUCAACAAACCUAUGCCAAUUAGCACUGUUGUUAUGAGGAAAAAAUAACCAAUUAAGCUUACGGUACAAGACGUUGUGCUUUCAUAGCAUUACUCAUGAGAACGUGUGUGUGAGUAGGCUAUGAGAUCAUGUGAAGUCUACUGGUGGUGGUACACUAGUAACCAGGAUGGUGGGAAAGAAACUGCAGGCCCAAAGGAGAAGAUGGAGCUAGGUAGGGUCUUGCUGCAGCCCCAUUGGAGAGGGUGCAGAGUCUUGCUGACACCCCUCCCUUCCUUGCAGCUUGUGGCUGAGAGGAUGAGCUUGGCAGGCAAGAUAGGAUAAAGUCUUUAUUGUUGAAAAGGAUUUUAAUGCGUCCCCCCUCCCUCUCCAGUUCGUUCAGCCGUGAAAGGGAAAGAUACUUCAUGCAGGCUUGUGACUUUGUAUUUUUCGAGGCUUGCGGGUAUACUGGGAGCUGAGCUCAUGCUAAAGAACUUUGAUGUGCGCCUCCUCAUCCUCUCCUCAGUCUGCUGAUGGGAUAUGGCCUAUGGUCUACGAGAGUCCCUACUAGGAAUGUCCAAUUGCCUUUUUUGUGGCCGUGCCUUUGAGGUACUCUGCUUGAUUUAGACGAGGUCUCCAUGCAACAGCAAGCAAAACAGUGGACACGUAUCUGCCCUUGGUAUGAAUGCGCAUUUCGUUUUGGAGAAAAAACUCGAGCAUUCAAUCGCCACAAGUGCAAACACGGGUCAGAGACAAUUAUAGUGUUGUAAAAACGAGGAACCAAAAAUACAGCAAAUGCAUUUCAUAAAAGCAGUGUGUGACACAAGUCGCAGCUGUUUUUGUUCUUUCUGCCUUUGUCACUCAAGUCUCUCCUGUCUUGCCAGCAACUGCGGGUUUGUGUGUGUGUGUGUGUGCGCGCUCACCGCACACAGAGCAGCUUUCAAAACGCAUUCCUAUUGGUUGCCGUGGAAGCGCAGCAUUGGUAAGCCACGCCCACGCAGUUGAAGCGUGCGUCCUCUUUUGAUCUCAUCCGGUGGUGUUUUGUUGCAAUGGAUGGAAGACUGUCGCUGGGACUUCAAACUCUGUAGCCGUCAAGUUUGUUUUUCUUGAACACCGAAUAUUUAGCGAAUAGUUAGCCUAUUGUCCUGCGUAUACGACAGACAGAGAGUUAACUUUCUGCAUUGUGCUCGCUUUGCUCUUCAACCGAGGUGUUUGCGUUAAUAAGCUAACUAAUUAGCCCUCCAUCUGAUUCCAGAAUGGUUCUCAAAGCAGAGGAUGGAGUCGUGCCAGACGACCUGACUCCAGAGGAGAAGCAGGAGCUGGAGAACAUCCGACGCCGAAAGCAGGAGCUCCUGGAGGACAUACAGAGGCUGAAGGAUGAGAUAGCAGAGGUGACGAGUGAGAUUGAGAAUCUGGGCUCAACAGAAGAGAGGAAAAAUAUGCAGCGGAACAAGCAGGUAGCCAUGGGUCGGAAGAAAUUCAACAUGGAUCCUAAGAAGGGGAUCCAGUUCCUGAUAGAGAACGACCUGCUGAAGAACACCUGUGAGGACAUUGCCCAGUUCCUCUACAAGGGGGAGGGGCUUAACAAGACCGCCAUCGGGGACUACUUAGGGGAAAGAGAUGACUUCAACAUCCAGGUCCUGCAUGCCUUUGUGGAGCUGCACGAGUUCACAGACCUCAAUCUAGUACAGGCUCUCAGGCAGUUCCUGUGGAGUUUCCGGUUGCCAGGUGAGGCCCAGAAGAUCGACCGCAUGAUGGAGGCCUUCGCCCAGCGCUACUGUCAGUGCAACCCUGGAGUCUUCCAGUGCACAGACACCUGCUACGUGUUGUCGUUUGCGAUCAUCAUGCUGAACACCAGUCUCCACAACCCCAACGUGAAGGACAAGCCCGGCGUGGAGCGCUUCAUCUCCAUGAACAGAGGCAUCAACGAUGGGGGAGACCUGCCAGAGGACCUGCUCAGGAACCUGUACGACAGCAUCAAGAAUGAGCCAUUCAAAAUCCCAGAAGACGACGGCAACGAUCUCACACACACUUUCUUCAACCCAGACCGAGAAGGCUGGCUGCUUAAAUUAGGAGGGGGCCGUGUGAAGACAUGGAAGAGGAGAUGGUUCAUCCUGACUGACAACUGCCUUUAUUACUUUGAGUACACCACUGACAAGGAGCCUCGAGGCAUCAUCCCUCUGGAGAACCUGAGCAUCAGGGAGGUGGAGGACUCCAAGAAGCCAAACUGCUUUGAGCUGUUCAUCCCCGACAAUAAGGACCAGGUGAUCAAGGCCUGCAAGACGGAGGCGGACGGCCGCGUUGUCGAGGGCAACCACACCUUCUACCGCAUCUCAGCCCCCACCACCGAGGAGAAGGACGAGUGGAUCAGCAGUAUCAAGGCUGCUAUCAGCAGGGACCCUUUCUAUGAGAUGCUGGCAGCGCGCAAGAAGAAGGUGUCAUCCAUGAAGAGACAGUAGUACUCCCCGUGUACAGAAGAGAAGAGAAGAGAGGUGAAGAGACGAGACGAGAAGAGAGGAGAGGAGAGGAGAGGAGAAGAGAAGAGCUGCCACUGUCCCAGGCGCCACACUGGGCACAGGCAUCCUAAACUCUGGGCCCUGGGGGAGGGGGGACACCUGGGGAAAGGGUGUGGUGGUGGACUGGACUUGAAUUGGUCGUCCAUGGCGACACGCAGGCAUGAGUCUGCAUGGAUGGAACUCUGGAGGGAAUUCUGGAAGCUGGCUCAGGAUCUGCUGUAUUAUUAUUUUUCCCCCAUCCACACUCUGCACUCUUUCCAGGACUUUGCCUCGACCCCCAUUCUCUCUCCCUCCCUCCCUCCCUGCGUCUACACAAGGAAAGGAAGUCUGUAAAGAACUUUUGUCUCUGACACAACAUUCAACCAAAUAACUUAACAACACACAAAGCAAGAAACGUGCACACACACACACACACACACACACACACACACACACACACACACACACACACACACACACACACACACACACACACACACACACACACACACACACACACACACACACACAAGCAUCUCAACUCAGCAGGUCUGACUGAAUGUGGCAUCCUCUUUAAAGUUCUCUAAACUUUCUACAGAUGUGGAAAUUUCUCCUGUGCUUUAACAGACAAAAGGAAGAGAAUGUGCACAUAUUUUUAUUACACAAUUGUCUUGUCAGGGGAGAACUUCUCACUUAGUUGUUCUCAAAAAGUAGAGAGUAGUCGGUUAGUCACAUCAAUUACAUGUAAUAAUCAGCUCUUUGGUUUUGCAUUUUCUUUUUCUAUGUCCUUCAAUCAUGUCACUUCUUAAAAACCAUGUAGAUGUUCUAAGAUAUUUGGCAUCUGGGAUGAGGACUGUUAUGUGGUUUGAUGUUUCGUGCUCAGAGGAAAUUGAAAAAAAAAAAAACAAAAAAAAAAAGUUGAAAAUGUCAUCUCUGCCAAAGUUUUUUUUUUUAACUUCCAUGCUUUUCCCCAUCCAUGCUCACUUUCUAAAUACACUGUUUGUGUCUAUUUCCGUUUUGACCACAGCAGCGUCUCCCAUACUGAUUUAUUGACCCCAGUGCUCAGGUAAAGUAAAAGGUUGCACAUUCAAACGUCUGACCUGGGAGCAGGACAAACAAAAUAACCAGAUUAAAAAGAGACAAAAGUCCACUUCAAUCAGGAUUCUUUUGCUCCCACUCAUUUUUGGGGCCCGAAACUUCAUGAAAAAAAAUAAAAAAAUAAGUUGGAGCAAAAAAAAAAUCUGGUUAAAGCGGGCUUUAGUCUCUUUUUACCCAGGGCUCAGGUGAACAUAUCACAUAUCAUUACCAUGACACUGUAGGACAGUGAGCUGAGAGGCACCUGGCUCAAUUCUCUUCACACACACACACACACACACACACACACACACACACACACACACACACACACACACACACACACACACACACACACACACACACACACACACACACACACACACACAAAGUACAAAACUGCUGUGUACUUUGUUGUACCAUACCCUGUUAAACUCAUUUGAGCAGAUUUUUCCCCCUCUCAUCAGCCACUAAAAUAGAGUAUACAGCGCACAUGGCACAGAAUCAGACUGUGGUCAUUCUGUCAAUCUCAAAGUUUUCCAUGAAUGACAGAGCAAGCCCUUGUUGUUAAUGCGUCUUAUCCACUUCCUACAUCUCGAAUCAUAUGUGCUGAUACGAUUGUUUUUUUUGUUUGCAUCCCUCUUAUUUCCAUGAAGUGGCAUUAGAGUGAACGCCAUGUACAUGAUCACGUUUCAUUUUAGAAGCCAUAAGUGUGUCUCUUUCUUAUUUAAAUGUGCUGGUAAUUAUGAAAACAAACUAUCAAAUUGACAUGGUUUAUUUAUCGAGGCAGUGUAUAUACUUAAAUGUAUAGGUUAAUCUUUAUUUUAAAAUGUUUGUGUGAACAUUUCUGAUGUUGGGUGCCAGUUUUUUUGUUUUGUUUGUUUUGUUUAAAAAAACAUAGCUUUUUCACCUGUCACAUACCCUUGCGCUGACAAAUAAACAAAAUGGCAAAAAAAAGUGCUAUCAAAAUGUGAUCUUUGCUUGUGUCGUUGAUCUCAUAGUGCAUGGGGUUAAUUGGGUAUCAGCAUGCAAUUGGAAGAAAGAGAAACAGAAAAUAUAACUGCUCUGGAUGGAACAGUGUUAUUGCCGUUGGUAUAAGAUGU